AUGACGACUCUCGUGGCGACUCAACGGGCGCUAGAACAUCUUAGCAUGAGCAACCAGCAAGAGCGCCGAAGGAGCAAGCGUCCAGCCGCCGCGGCCGACUUUGAACGGGACGAUGAUUUCCAGUUUGUGCGAAAGUCGAAGAGGUCCAAGACGGAGGAGCCCCCGGCGAGCAAGACGACAGGCCGAGGUCGUCGGACAACGGCAGACCAAGCUAUCAAGGAACCCACAGUCGCAGCACCGAGAACUGCUGCUCCGUCACAACCGAGCCCGGCGACAACGGGUACACGGCGGUCAUCGCGGCGGCAACAGGUCGACGACGCACCUCGUAAAGAUGAGCCCCAGACCGAAAGGAGGCCUACGAGAAGGAGCAGCAGGGUUGCCGCGGCCGGGGCGGACGGCGACGCCGAGACGGAGAGCUCAACACUGCACGACGCCCCGUCGAAGGCGUCGAGCCCGGACAGAGAAAAGGUAUCGAAGCCAAGACGGUGGGAGCCGUCGCCAACCCCGCGGCGGCCAACCGAGUCCAAGAUUGCGCUCCCGAUGAGCGACACCCCGGUCAUCAAUCGGAACAAGGAAAUGCGCAAGAAGGCCGGGAAGGGCAACAGACGGAGCAGUCUGGGGUCGCGCGGCCGUCGAGCAAGCUCGCUCAUAGAGAACGGACAGACGGCAACGCCGCACCGCGACGUGAACACGGCCGAGUUCUACAAGCACAUCGAGGCCGAGGGUCUGCUCGAACCGAAGAGGAUGAAGCAAUUGCUCAUGUGGUGCGGCGAGCGCGCCCUGCCGAGCAAGCCGCCUCACGGAACGCCCAAUUCAAACGCAAUUUUAGGCGCCCGAGCGAUCCAAGAGCAAAUACUGAAGGAUUUCGCCCACCGGACCGACUUUUCAAACUGGUUCAGCAGAGACGAAGACGCGCCCAAGGAGGCGCCGGUUCUGAAACCGAACCCGCGCAACGUCGAGCUCGACGAGAAACUGAAGGCGUUGGAGGCAAAAAUUCAAACGUUGCAAGAUGAGAAACGGGCCUGGCUGGCAAUACGCCAACCCCCGCCGCCCGACACGCCGCCCAUGUCCUCUUGGGCCGAGGCGCCUGACAUCGAACUCCCCGACCUGGGCCUCCUGGAACCCGAAGAGGUGACGAUCCGGACGUACCUCGCCGACGAGAUGGCGCCGUUUGCGGCGAUGCGAGCCAAGACAGAAGAGAGAAUACGCAAGAUCCAAGCCUCUCUCGAAUUCGAGGUGGAUCAGCUGGCGGACAGCGUGCACAAGCUGGAGCAGAGGGUGUUGGUGGCGGGCAGGCAGGCGGAUCAGGUCCUUCGGCUGAGCGCGGCGCGGCUCAAGGAGCGGGAGCAGCGGGAGAAGGAGAGCGCAGGGACUCGGGACAUGCCUCUGAUGGAGGUGCUGAGGAGUCUGAGUAACGUGUUGCCCGAGGGGGGUUGA